AUGCCGUCAUUUGCCGCGUCCCACCCAACAUGGCCUUCGCUGUCGCUCCCUCUGUUCCUCUCCGGUCUCUUGCGCAUUCUUCCAGUGGGCUAUCGCAGUCAACAAUCCAGUGAAGCCAGUCUUCACAUCGAUCCCACCGUCAUGUCGAUCACUUCGUAUAUCCUCUCGGGCAUCAGCUCGUUCGUGGUACUGACAUUGUCGCUCUUCGCCCUCGGACAAAAGGUCCCUCGUGCUGCAUUCGCCGCCCGCUGUCUCGCUGCCUAUGGCUCCAUUCUGCUGUGCGCAAUAUACGGUGUUAUCGCUUCAAUCGUCCUCCGUCUCGUCGGCUAUGGCCGUGUCUCGCAAUGGGCCACUGCUCGCAGCUUCAAGUGGGUGAUGCGGUAUACCACCGGUGUGACAUUUGAUAUCAUUGAAGGCGAGGAGUAUCUCACCACCCGCCCGGCUAUCUUUGUUGGAAAUCACCAGACUGAGUUGGAUGUUCUGAUGCUUGGCGCUAUCUUCCCACCGUAUUGCAGUGUCACGGCGAAGAAGUCCCUGCGUAAUGUGCCGUUCCUGGGCUGGUUCAUGACUCUUUCGCGGACGGUGUUUAUUGAUCGUGCCAAUCGGGAGAAUGCUAUGAAGGCCUUUGAUGGCGCUGUGAAUGAGAUGCGCACUCAUCGCCAGAGUGUGUUUAUUUUCCCCGAGGGUACACGGAGUUACUCUGAUGAGCCGAUGCUGCUGCCUUUUAAGAAGGGUGCUUUCCAUUUGGCUGUUAAGGCUGGUGUGCCUAUUGUGCCUGUUGUGACUGAGAAUUACUCUCAUGUUAUGUCUCCUCGCAACCUGCGAUUCAAUGCAGGAUCGAUUAAAGUUAAGGUUCUGCCUCCUAUCAUCACUAAGGACUUGACGCCUGCCGAUGUGGAUCAGCUGACCCAGUCAACUCGUGACUCGAUGCUUAAGGUUAUCCUGGGUAUGGCACAAGAGGGUAACAAGUUCGAGUCUUCCCAGGCUAAUGGCAGGUCAACUGCCAUUCAGAUUUGA